CGCUGCCUGGCGGUAGUUGCAUCUAGCAGCCGUAGGCCGACAGAGACAAUAGGGCAAGUCAGGCUGACAGAGGUACUGACGAAGCAGACAGAAGCACCAGCAAGGUGAUAUUAUUGUGCGCCUUUGUGCAUAUUGGCAACAAAGCGUUGAAUCUGCACUAUUCGGAGACACGAUUUUGCACAGGAAAUCAGACCAGUCCUGUAACGGUUUAUCCUGCUAUACAAUUAAAGUUUCUGCUGAACGGAAUGACAGCACCAGCUAUUGCAUGCAGCGCAAUCUGAAAGGAACAACAGCAGUCACCAGAUCCCUGUGCUCCAGGCAUCUCUCCUAGGCAGAAUGAGCUCCUCUCCCCAUGGGUCCCACGGGUCUGGGUCCCGCGCCUCCAUCGACAUCCUGGAGGAGCUGCAGCUCAUUGCUGCCCAGAACCUGGAGAAGCUAGACAUCAGCAAGUACUAUGAGGUCAUCAGAGAGCUGGGUAAGGGUACCUAUGGGAAAGUGGACCUGGUCAUCCACAAAAUCAGAGGCACUAAGAUGGCUCUGAAGUUCUUGAGGAAGAAAACAACCAAACUGAAGAGCUUCUUAAGGGAGUACAGCAUCUCUCUCUACCUGUCUCCCUGCCCCUUUAUCAUCAACAUGUUCGGCAUUGCCUUUGAGACAGACGACUACUACGUCUUCGCUCAGGAGUAUGCCCUGGCAGGAGACCUCUUCGACAUCAUUCCCCCUCAGGUGGGUCUUCCAGAGACGGUGGCUAAGCGUUGUGUCCACCAGGUCGCCAUCGCCCUGGACUACCUGCACUGUAAGAAGCUAGUCCACCGGGACAUCAAGCCUGAGAACAUCCUCAUCUUUGACAAAGAGUGCCGUAAGGUCAAGCUGUCAGACUUCGGCAUGACGCGGCGUGCCGGCUCCCCAGUGAAGCGUGUCAGCGGAACCAUCCCGUACACGGCACCGGAGUUGUGCGACGCCUCGCAGCACGAGGGCUUCUGCGUGGACUACAGCACUGACGUGUGGGCCUUUGGUGUCCUCCUCUUCUGCAUGCUCACUGGCAACUUCCCCUGGGAGAAGGCCCUGCCGUCGGACGCCUUCUACCAGGAGUUUGUGCGCUGGCAGCGGCGCCGGACGGGCACGGUGCCCUCUCAGUGGCGGCGCUUCACAGACGAGGGGCUGCGCAUGUUCCGCAGGCUCCUGUCCAUUGAGCAGGAGCGCCGCUGCUCCGUUAAGGAGGUUUUCAGCUACUUCAACCACCCCUGGAUGCUGGACAAUGAGUCGGGCAGCAGCAGCGUUGCGGGAGGAGGGUCAGUGGGCAGUGGGCCCCAGGUAGAGCUCAGCUCGUCGUCAUCUGAAGAGGAUGUGCUGGUGGACAGGCUAAAGCAGCAGAGCCUGAUAGAGCCCAUGGGCGGACACUACUCCUCCACCGGCUCCCCCUCCUCCACCAGCAGCUACGAACGUGUCUCCCGUGACAACGGAGGGGCCGGACGCAUCUUGGUGGCCACGCCCAUUGAAAUCUGUGUGUAGAGAUUGGCUAUGUGCACACACAUACACACACUGUAUAAACACAAA